GUUUAGAGGAAUCAUGGUGCCUAACGAAAAUGUAUAUGGACGAUGAGAACUAUGUAAUGUCGUUACUCGACGGGAAUAAAGGGGGAAAAGCAUGCCAACUGCCAAGUUAGUUAAGAACUAACUGUGGCAGUAGAUUCCUCGAUUCUCGUUAGUUGAAGGGGAAAAGUUCGGCGGUGAAAAUAACUAAGGCAGUAAAAAGCCAAACAAACACCCAAUGAAGUCAUAACAUAACCCUUGAAGAGUUAAAAAUAAAUAAAUAAAUAACACAGAGCAUAUAACUGCCAAAAAUCAAUAACGUGAAUAAGUUAAUUUUCUAGAGAAAUAGCCACGUUUUGGUCUUUUGGAGGCAACAACAAUAGGUCCAAUUUUCCUUAGAGUUUCCCGACACUAAUUGGGAGCUACUAUAGCUCACCUCACUCACUACCUCUCUAUAUAAAACACCAUUUAGAGAGUGUGCAGAAAGCAUCCAUUCAUCUAGAAAAUUAAGAAGAACUACUUACCAAAGAUUUUAAUUACAUUUGUCUCUCAUAGUCAGACAGGAAGAAGUAACGGCCAGUCGGAAGAAAGAGGGCGGAAGAGGAGGAUGGCGAGCGCGAUAUCGAGCAUAUUGGUUCAUUGUGCAUUUGACGGGUGCUUAGCCAGCAUAUCAAUUCAUGACACGGUGAUAGAGAAGAGACCGUACCAUAAGAACUGUAAAUGCGCUCUUCACAAACAGAAAGGUAACUGUUCUCAUAUUUGGUCUACACAGAGGAAUGUAUCUUUUCCGAAGAAGACAAUAGGUGGUUCAUUAACCAUGACGGUCUCGUCCAACAACUCGAUUCAUUCCCAUCCUUCGUCGGCACAUGUUGCUAGCGAGUCAUCUGGUGGAAGCGAAGAGAAUUGGGCUGAGAGAAUAGAGGGGAAGUAAGCCAAGCUAGUUAAUUAGGAGGUUGCUAAUUUUUUAUUUUUUUAUUUUUGCUUUCUCAAGCAAUGCGUUUAGGUUGAUUAUCUUGAAAGCCAAUGUUUUUUUUGUAAGUUGUGUACCUACAUCAAAUACAAAUCAGAAGUUCAUAUCUUCAAAAUUUCUGUGUCUUUUAUUGAUAAGAUUUUCAAUAAUAGUUGUCAGAAUCUUGGAUCGAUAGAAAUGAAUGGAAAUGAGCUUUUUUAUAAUGUCGUGAAAGUGUAAAUCUUAUUAUAUGAACGUACAGAGUAAAACUUUUUGUACAAAAUCAUAACCUAUAUGAUCGUCAAAACUACUUACCCCAAAUUCAUGAAUUGUGUCGAUUACAUGUUUUGAACUCAAGACCUCUGAAUGAGGAUAAUGAUAAACUUUGUGUCACUUUAAGAGACAAACUAGUCGAAUUCAUGGGUUUGUGCUUUGUUGGAAUUGUUUUCUAGUUUGAUAUGGUUUGGAGGUCAUUUCAGUCAUCCAUCAAAUUAUAAACCGACAAAAGUUUGCUACGUUCUAUCGAGUGCCUGUUUGAUAAAGUAUUAGAAGUUACAUUUGGACAUCAAAUUCUAAAUCGACAAAAGUUUGCAAUGUUCUAUUGAGUGUCUGUUUAGAUAAAGUAUUAGAAGUUACAUUUGGGCAUUACAUUGUAAAUCGACGAAAGAUUGCAAUGUUCUAGCUAGCAAGCGAUCAACAACUACACACUACAACUAGUUCCAAGACUCGUACACUAAAGCAGUGACGGAGCUAAUGACCAGUCAGCUUUGUCACAAAUAGUUUAGCUAGAGACAUGAUUUCUAUUUGUUAUUGUUAGUAUAACAAAAGGCUAAAUGACAUUUAGUUAGAAACCAUACACAUGCAACGUUGAAAACUAUGUAGGCCGUUAAUUCCUACUUCCACAAGACUAGGAAAAAAGAGGCACACUUAGCAAAAGUUAGUACGAACUCAAUAGAGGUGAAAACUAUGUAUGCCCUCCUUUCCAAACUAAGGUAAUUAAGACCUAAGAAAUAUGAGGUUUGGUU